AUGUCUCUGCGACUUUCCAGUGGAUCCCGGAGAUCCUAUCCCCGGCCCAGCACAGGGUCACUCAGGCUCUCUGGGGGAGCAGGCAGCUUUGGAGCUGGAAAUGCCUGCGGCAUCCCAGGCAUUGGAAGCAGUUUCUCUUGUGCCUUUGGUGGCAGUUCCUCAGGGGCCAAUGCAGGGACAGGCAACCCUUGCGCCGGUUUUACCCUGAACGAGGGAGGCCUCCUCUCUGGCAAUGAGAAGGUGACCAUGCAGAACCUCAACGAUCGCCUGGCCUCCUACCUGGAUAACGUGCAAGCCCUGCAGGAAGCCAAUGCCGACCUGGAGCAGAAGAUCAAGGGCUGGUAUGAGAAAUUUGGACCCGGCUCUUGCAGGGGUCUUGACCAUGACUACAGUAGAUAUUUUCCUAUCAUCGAUGAUCUUAAAAACCAGAUCAUCGCUUCCACCACCAGCAAUGCUAAUGCUGUUCUACAGAUCGAUAAUGCCAGGCUGACAGCUGAUGAUUUCAGACUCAAGUAUGAAAAUGAGCUGGCUCUUCAUCAGAGUGUAGAGGCUGAUGUCAAUGGGCUACGCAGAGUUCUGGAUGAAAUCACCCUGUGCAGGACUGACCUGGAGAUUCAGUACGAGACCCUGAGUGAGGAACUGACUUACCUCAAGAAGAACCACAAAGAGGAAAUGCAAGUGCUGCAGUGCGCGGCGGGAGGCAACGUGAACGUGGAGAUGAACGCGGCGCCCGGGGUGGACCUCACCGUGCUGCUCAACAACAUGCGGGCCGAGUACGAGGCCCUGGCCGAGCAGAACCGCAGGGAUGCCGAGGCCUGGUUCAACGAAAAGAGCGCCUCGCUGCAGCAGCAGAUCUCCGAGGACGUCGGCGCCACCACCUCUGCCCGGAACGAGCUGACCGAGAUGAAGCGCACCAUGCAAACCCUGGAGAUUGAGCUCCAAUCCCUGUUAGCCACGAAACAAUCCCUGGAGUGCUCCCUGACAGAGACAGAGGGCAACUACUGCACUCAGCUGGCCCAGAUCCAGGCUCAGAUCGGGGCCCUAGAGGAGCAGCUGCACCAGGUCAGGACUGAGACCGAGGGCCAGAAGCUGGAGCAUGAGCAACUGCUGGAUAUCAAGGUCCACCUGGAGAAGGAGAUCGAGACCUACUGCCUCCUGAUAGGAGGAGAUGAGGGGGCUUGCAAGUCUUCAGGUUACAAGUCUAAAGAUUAUGGAGCUGGAAAUGUGGGAACUCAAAUCAAAGAUUCAGCCAAACCCAUAGUAGUUAAGAAAGUUCUUGAGGAGGUAGACCAGCGAAGCAAGAUCCUUACCACCAGGCUCCACUCUCUGGAAGAGAAAUCUCAAAGCAAUUAACAGAGAACAGCCAAACUCCUUCCAAGAAAAGGCAUUAACUGAGUCUGGGAAUAUGAGCAAGUCUAAGUAAAAUGUC